CCGCACGUGUUUCAGAGAUUGUCGUAUUUCAAAGUUCUCUGCAAAUUUUAUUGCUAAAAUACGCUAAAGUUCCACAAAGUAUCACUUUCUAGUUAAAAAAAAACUUAUUAUCAAUAUCUGGGCUGUCUUUUAAGCUGUUUCCUGAGCGUCUCUUGCGAGAAUAUUGCAGAAACGACCGGAAUACUUCGUUAUAUACACAACAAACAGUUCCAGGCGAGUAGGAACUUUAGAUGAUCAGCAAUCCAUGGGUAGUGCUUAUCUUGCCUUUUAGAGAUCACUAACAUAAAUGAUGGAGGGAGAAGUUGCGCAGGUAGCUGCAGCUGAUGAAAAACGUGAUCAGACUGUUGUCUAUAGGUUGAAUUUGACAUCUUAUAGUGAUUCCGAGGAUGAAAAUGACGACACACAAGAUGGCAAUUUGCAAAGUGCAAACAAACAAGAAACGACCAGCCAAACAGACAAUGCUGUAAUAAGUGAUAGCUAUGUGCACGAAAUUGAAAAUCAGCCUACAGAUUUCAAUGGCUCUAUUGAUAGUAAAACAGAUAUCACCUGUGUUGAAGAAGUAUCUGAUGAUAGCAGGGCUUCUGAUUAUAAAAAAAUGGAACAUCACCAAAUAAUGAAAAACCUGGAAGCUUCAACCGUCUCUUCAAACUCUGGAGGUAAUAUAACACUGGGACCAGUUUGUGUUGAAAAAGCAUCUGAUGAUAGUAAGGCUUCUGUCGAUAACAAUUCGGAGCAUCUAAUCACACAUAAACAAGUAAUGACAAACUUGGGAGCUUCAACUGUCUCUUCAAACUCUGAAGGCAAUAUUACACUGGGACCAGUUUGUGUUGAAAAAACAUCUGAUGAUGGCAAGGCUUCUGAUGAUAAAGAAAGGGAGCAUCUUAUCACACAUCAACAAGUUAUGACAAACUUUGAAGCUUCCACUGUCUCUCCAAUCUCUGAAGGCAAUAAAACACUGGGACCAGUUUGUGUUGAAAAAACAUCUGAUGAUAGUAAAGCUUCUCUUGAUAAUUUGGAGCAUCUAAUCACUCAUCAACAAGUAAUGACAAACUUAGAGGCUUCAACCAUCUCUUCAAACUCUGAAGGCAAUAUAACACUGGGACCAGUUUGUGUUGAAAAAACAUCUGAUGAUAGUAAAGCUUCUCUUGAUAAUUUGGAGCAUCUAAUCACACAUCAACAAGUAAUGACAAACCUGGAAGCUUCAACCAUCUCUUCAAACUCUGAAGGUAAUAUAACACUGGGACCAGUUUAUGUUGAAAAAACAUCUGAUGAUGGCAAGGCUUCUGAUGAUAAAAAAAUGGAGUAUCUAAUCACACAUCAACAAGUAAUAACAAACCUGGAAAAAUCAACUUCUGAAGACAAUAUUACACUGGGACCAGACCCUGAAGCCUUACAAGAAAAGGAUAAGUUUCCCCACAUGGAGAUCAAACCUCAAAUACCUCCCAAUGAAAGCAAUGAGAAUGUUAUUAUGGAGGAAUCAUCUGUUAAGAUUGGGACAAAGAGACAUAUCACUGAGGUUGAUUGUGAGGAAGUAGAAGAAGUUACUUCUGACAGUGUUUACAUCAUGAGUGUUGUCCAGGAGGAGCUUAAGGCGGUACAGCAGACUCUUGUUGCCAAGACAACAUGCUUGAAUGAUCCGGACGAAGAGUCAGGCGUUUCCAGUGGUGAUGAAACAGGCUCUGACUCUGAGUCUGAAACUUCGUCUGAGACUGAGACAUCCAGUGAUGAAAGCACUACUAGUCAAAGAGAGUUAAGAAAAAUGAUAACUGAGACAGAAGAAAAUGAAGAUGAAAAAACUCUAAAAGGAGCUCCCGUUACCAAGGAUGAACUCACUUUAAAGGAUCUGCCACUGGAACCAGAUGUUGACAUUCAGCUUAAACCAGAUGCCAACAUGGUUCAUAUUGGCAACAUUGCGCACAUUGUAGAAACCAUGGUGGUCGUCCAGUCGUUGCCACAAACUCCUGCCCUGGACAUUGAGACCUUUCUUUUCCUGGAAAAUCGGCACUGCAUAGGGAGGAUCUUUGAGACUUUUGGUCCCGUGCAGAAACCUUUUUACUCAAUUCGCUUCAACUCUGAAGAGCACCUCACAAACAAGGGUGUUGCUGCUGGACUGAAAGUGUUCUAUGUGCCAGACGACAAGGAUUGCACUAAAUUUGUGUUUGUAGCACACCUUGAAAAAAUUAAAGGCUCAGAUGCAUCAUGGAAGCAUGACCAAGAACCACCAGAAGAGUUGGUUGAGUUCUCUGAUGAUGAACAAGAAGCACAGGCAAAGUCAAAGAAGAAGAAAGAAAGAAGGAAUCGCAAGACAGUAAGUCAAGGGCAAGAUGGUGAAAACCCUAUUUCAUCACCCUUGCAGUGUCAAAAUCAUACAGCUCCCCCAGAUGCAUCACCUGUGCAAAGGACGUGGUGUGGGCAGGGUCGGGGUUUAAGGACAACCCCACCUCCAGGACAGCCUGUAUGGCAAAACCCUCAUUUGAGAACUCCAUUCACACCUCCAAGUCAUCAAGAUAUGAGACAAUAUGCCCCUCCCCCUCAAGCACUACGAGGUGACCAAUAUAUGUGGCCUAGACACUUUGCUUCUCACAUGAAAAAGCAUCAAGAUGUGGGACCAAGGCACUAUACUCCACCACCACAGACACCACCAAACCAACAAGAUAUAGGACCAAGGCACUAUGCCCCUCCACGAGCACCACAGAGCUAUGCUCCUCCUCCACCUGCCCAUUUCAUGGGAGCACGUUACCCAGCACCCUAUCACAGAGCACCAGGGCAUCCAUUUGACCAAGGGCCCUUUUUGAUGGAGCCAGGGCGGUUUCCUCCACCAGUCUCUUAUCCAUCUGGACACAGAGUCCCUCCACCCCCUAGACCAUUUCCCAUGGGUGCAGGACAGCCUCCAUCAUUCAUGUCCCAAGAUGGCUCAAGAGGACCUGGUAUUCAGUCCAUGCAAGGACAUCCAUUUGGACAACAUUUCACUCCACCAGAUAUGUCACCAAUAAUGCCUCCUGAACCCGUAAACCCAGGAAAUGUACCAAAGUAGUCUCAUUCUAAAAAUGUGCUGUUGGUAUGGUAUUAAAAGUCAUUUUCUGUGUA